AUGCACUGGCUGUACAGUCAUGAGAUUGUGCACGUAGACAUCCUCACUGAACUCACACCUGAGGACAAGAAGUUCGAGGGCGAGAUUUUGGUGUACAACGCGACGGAAGACCAGGUGAAACUGACACCAAUCUGCGAGCUGAGGCUGAACAACACCCCCUAUGAGCUUCGAGGUUGGUGCCAGAGUGAAUCUGAGUGGUCCCGCCUGCGUAUGGAUGUGCUUGGAGGUUGUAUUCCCACUCCUCCAGAAAUAUUCAGGAAGAGGAUGCAAAGGAUGCGGUUCACGCAUCGAAAUGAUGCCGAGCAGGUGCUUGCAUUGCAAGAGAAGGUGUUCAGAGACAAAGUCUCCAAGACAACACACUUGCAGCUCCAACAACUCUCUUUGGAUGACCUGGAGUGUCUACAUGACGCCUUGCCACACUACAGUAAGUUGGAGUACUUGGUGGUAAAUGGCAAUGCCCUGAAGGGGCAAGAUGCCGUGGCGAUGGUGACCUCAGGUGCGGCGGACAUCCAAAUGGAGUCGUGUUCUCUACAAGAUGAAGAUGCAGAUGCAAUGGCAGAGGCACUGAUGAGCUCAGCUGCUGAUCGAUUGGAACAUCUGAGUCUGACUGGAAACCGCUUCAGUGACAUCGGGACAGCUGCCCUUCGCAAAGUGAUGGAGCAGCGACCGCAGCUGAAGAUCCGACUGUAG